AAUAGACACACACACCUCUGACUUUACCAUCACCAUGGCGCUGAUCCCCCCAUCGCUCGGGUCUCUGCAACUCAAUGCCCCUUUUUCUUCAUUUCUAUCUCCAAAGCACACUAUCUUUACAUCUCCACAUGGGCAUGGCUUUGGCUGCGUGUGUCUCCAUAAGACUUGGAGGAGACCACCCUCCAUGUUUCUUACCAACAAACCUGUUAUUAAAGAUGGGGUUCUGAGUAUCAACGGCAAGGAUACUCUCACUGGCGUGCCGGACAACGUGGUCGUCACCCCAUUGUCGAAUUCGUCUGCUUUUGUGGGAGCCAUUUCCACUCUUCCCGAUUCUCGACAUGUGUUUAGGCUUGGACUUAUUCAGGAUAUCAGAUUGCUAUGUCUGUUCAGAUUUAAGCUUUGGUGGAUGAUACCUCGGAUGGGAAAUUCUGGACAGGACAUUCCCAUUGAAACUCAGAUGCUACUUCUGGAAGCAAAGGAAGAACCUGAUGGACCUGCCUCUUAUAUCCUUUUCUUGCCGGUGUUAGAUGGUGAAUUUAGAAGCAGCCUGCAGGGGAACCAAUCAAAUGAACUCGAAUUGUGCGUUGAAAGUGGUGACCCAGCUAUAGUCACGUCACGGUCUCUAAAAGCAGUUUUUGUGAAUUGUGGGGACAAUCCAUUUGAUCUGAUGAACCAAUCUAUGAAGACACUAGAGAAGCAUCUUGGAACCUUUUCACAUCGAGAGACCAAACAGAUGCCUGGAAUGUUAGAUUGGUUUGGUUGGUGCACAUGGGAUGCUUUCUACCAUGGGGUUAAUCCUCAAGGAAUUAGAGAUGGCCUGAAAAGCCUAUCUGAGGGUGGGACUCCAGCAAAGUUCUUGAUAAUAGAUGAUGGAUGGCAAGAUACUACUAACGAGUUUCAGAAAGAAGGAGAGCCAUUUAUUGAAGGGUCACAGUUUGGAGCCAGAUUAGUCAGCAUCAAAGAAAAUAAUAAGUUUCGGGAAACUGUGAAUGAAGAUCUAAAUGAGGCACCUAGUGGUCUUAAAGACUUUGUUUCAGAUAUUAAGAGCACUUUUGGCCUUAAGUAUGUUUAUGUAUGGCAUGCGCUGUUGGGGUACUGGGGAGGAUUUCAUCCAGAUGCUCCAGAGGGUAGAAAGUAUAAUCCAAAAUUAAAAUUCCCAAUACAGUCACCAGGGAAUCUGGCAAAUAUGAGGGACAUAUCAAUGGAUUGCAUGGAGAAGUAUGGUAUUGGAGCAAUUGAUCCAGCUAAAGCAUCUGAAUUCUAUGAUGAUCUACACAGUUACCUUGUGUCACAGGAUGUGGAUGGGGUUAAGGUUGAUGUUCAGAACAUACUGGAAACUUUGGCAACAGGUUUAGGAGGCAGAGUCUCACUUACCAGAAAAUUCCAACAAGCUCUUGAGAAGUCAAUUGCCGCCAACUUCCAAGACAAUAGCAUAAUCUGCUGCAUGGGUCUUAGCACAGAUACCCUUUACAAUGCAAGAAGAAGUGCAAUUACGCGGGCAUCUGAUGAUUACUAUCCGAAAAUCCCAACUACUCAGUCACUGCACAUAGCUGCUGUGGCUUUUAACAGCAUAUUUCUGGGAGAAGUUGUAGUCCCAGACUGGGACAUGUUCUAUAGCCUUCACAGUGCAGCUGAAUUUCAUGCAGUUGCUCGAGCUGUUGGGGGUUGUGGGGUCUAUGUUAGUGACAAACCGGGGCAGCAUGACUUCGAGAUACUUAGGAGACUUGUACUCCCUGAUGGAUCAGUGCUGAGAGCCAAAUACCCUGGAAGACCAUCACGAGAUUGUUUAUUCAAUGACCCAGUAAUGGAUGGAGAGAGUCUUCUGAAGAUUUGGAACUUGAACAAAGUCACAGGAGUUAUAGGAGUCUUCAAUUGCCAAGGAGCAGGAAGCUGGCCUUGUCUGGACAAUCCUGUUCAGAAAGAUGUCAGUCCCAAGCUCUCUGGGCAGGUCUCUCCUGCAGAUAUUGAAUACUUCGAAGAAGUUGCUCCAACCCCAUGGACAGGAGAUUGUGCAGUUUUUUCCUUUAAAGCAGGGUAUUUGUCCCGAUUGCCAAAGAGAGGAUCAUUUGAUGUCAAACUAAAGAUCUUGGAGUGUGAUGUAUUCACUGUAUCUCCCAUUAAGGUUUACCAUGGAAAGGUCCAUUUUGCAGCAAUUGGGUUAAUAGAUAUGUACAAUUCAGGUGGAGCAGUUGAGACAGUUGAAGCUUUGAAUGCUUCUGAUAAUGGUGGAAUAAGCAUCAAGGGAAGAGGGGCAGGUCGGUUUGGGGCAUACUCCAAUGAAAAGCCAAAGCUUUGCUCUGUGAACUCAAAGGAAGAGGCGUUCACAUUUAGGGAUGAAGAUAAUCUUUUGACCAUAACAAUCCCAAGUGGCACCAAUUUUUGGGAAAUUGUUGUUUCCUAUUAAGGCCAUAUGACUAGAGAAAAAGCCUACCCUCUCAUAUCUAGCCAAGUAUGGUAUGAUUUUUGUAAAUAGUCAUUUAUCUAGUUAUUAAUCAUAUAUGUAACAACCCACCUAUUUUGGAGGAGAGAAGGAGAUGGGUAUUGAAUAUUGAUGCAAGUGCAAGUGCUGUAUGUUUAUGAUUGAAAAAUGACUAUACUCCCCCUCUUGCAAUU